GCUGUCGAGAGCAUCACUGACAAGCUGGUCGGUUAACAGUGAGCCCUCCCCGCAAACGUUCACCGCUCGGGAUCAGGGUUUGCCCCUCCUGACCAGCACCAAUCUGAGAUGGGUAGACGGAGGGGGCGGGAAGGUUAGUUUGAAGAGGGCAGAGCUUUGCGAGCGGACGCCGAUUUCCCUAAUAGGCUAUUUCACCGCUGGAAGAAAAAUAAAAGCCAAAGCCAGCAGACAAUAACAGCUGAGGGAGAAAUCAGUCGGACCACACGUCAGAAGCUCAUUAACUCCAAGGAAAGCCAAGUCGGCAGAGAGAGGAAACGGCAAGAACGCAUCCCUUACCUACUGCUGCUGGAGUCCUGUUUGAACGGAUAUGGCUGCUGCACAGUGGAAGCCUAAAUCACUGGACUUGGGCUGGUGGAUCAUUCUCCUGCUCCUCAACCUCCUUCCAGAAGCCAGGGCAGUAGUUGGACACAGAGAGCCGUUGCCUGAUGAUAGUAAAGACAAUAUCACCAUUUUCACCCGAAUCCUCGACAGGCUGUUGGAUGGAUAUGACAACAGGCUACGUCCUGGACUGGGAGAGAGUGUGACAGAAGUGAGGACAAACAUCUAUGUGACGAGUUUUGGGCCAGUGUCGGAUACAGACAUGGAGUACACCAUUGAUGUCUUCUUCCGUCAGAGUUGGAGGGACGAGAGGCUGAAGUUUGACGGGCCCAUGCAAGUUUUACCCCUCAACAACCUCCUGGCCAGUAAGAUAUGGACUCCGGAUACAUUUUUCCACAACGGAAAGAAAUCAGUGGCCCACAACAUGACGACUCCUAACAAACUGCUACGACUAGUCGACAACGGAACGCUGCUCUACACGAUGAGGUUGACCAUUCAUGCCGAGUGCCCCAUGCACCUAGAAGAUUUCCCGAUGGAUGCACACGCCUGUCCUCUGAAAUUCGGAAGUUAUGCUUACACAAAUAACGAGGUGAUCUACCUGUGGACCCAGGGAGACGAGAGGUCUGUUUCUGUAGCAGAAGAUGGCUCCAGGCUGAACCAGUAUGACUUACUGGGACAUGUUAUUGGCAAAGAAACCAUCAGUUCCAGCACAGGAGAAUACGUAGUGAUGACAACAUAUUUCCAUUUGAAAAGGAAAAUUGGCUAUUUUGUGAUUCAAACCUACCUCCCGUGCAUCAUGACUGUCAUACUGUCUCAGGUCUCCUUCUGGCUAAACAGAGAAUCGGUUCCUGCUCGCACUGUAUUUGGGGUCACCACUGUCCUAACCAUGACCACCCUGAGCAUCAGUGCUAGAAACUCCCUUCCUAAGGUGGCCUAUGCCACAGCCAUGGACUGGUUCAUGGCUGUGUGCUAUGCCUUUGUCUUCUCUGCCUUGAUUGAGUUUGCCACAGUCAACUACUUCACCAAGCGCAGCUGGGCAUGGGAUGGGAAAAAAGAGGGCAUGGAAAUAAGGGAACCGUUUCAGGCUAACAUGGCCAGGAUUAACGAUAUGAGAAGAGAAUCGACGACCUUGUCCAAAAAGGCAAACAACACCUUCAACAUUGUGGGAACCACCUACGCCAUCAACGUCGCUAAAGACCAAGGUUUAACGACCAUUUCCAAGAGUGCCGCUGCAGCGUCGGUCAAACAGCCCUAUCUCCAUAAAAUGGAAGACCCCUACAUGGAGGCCAAGAAGUCCUACAACCGUGUCAGCAAAGUGGACAAGAUAUCACGCAUCAUUUUCCCAGUUCUGUUCUUCAUCUUCAACUUAGGCUACUGGGCCACGUAUGUCAACAGAAAGCCCGCUAUCAUGAAGGCAAACAACUUAAACUGAAUUUAGGCUUGAUCUGGUUUGGAGGGUAGACAGGUUUGCAGGAGGCCAAGUCCAUUACAACUUAUUGUGUGUAUGUGUGUGCGCGCGCGUUUUGUGGGUCUGUUUUUUUCUUAUGAUAUGUUGCACGUCUGUUUAGAUGGAAGGCAAAUUUUAACAUACAGUAGAUUCACAGAGUAGAAGUCCUUGGAAGAAGAACCUUAUCACAUCAGACUGUGUUUGUGUAGCAUUUCUUUUCUCCCCCUCCACACUCUAGAACUGUUCCCUGUUGUGAGUGACCAAGUCUCCCUUUCUUGAUUGAUCUUGAUUGCUUGCCGUUUUGUAGAGUAGCCAAAUUGUGGUUUCACUAUGUUUUGACAUGUUUGCACUUUGCUUAUAAUAAGUUAGAGCAAGCGUGCGUUUGAAGUUUUCAUUGUAGAUCAUUAGCAAUGAUAUGGUUUUCGACACAUACAUAAAGUUAACAACGUGCAUGCAUGCACGCAGACACAGACACACAGUGACGCAUCAGAAAAUGCCACAAGAGCCAUUUCGUCCGUUGCUUUGCCGUGCUCAGUUUGCCAGGGGGCAGCCUGUAUAGUUCCAUAGGAACAUCAUUAAUAAUAGUCAGUGUCUGGCCUUUAGCUUGCGCUGAAUUUCAGCAGACCCAAUGCAGUAUCAUCUGGAAUUGCCAUCGCGUCCCAUGGGACUGCCUGUACAUUUUCUAGUCUGGUGGCUCUAAUUGUUUUAACUGGCUGAGUAUGCUCAAUGACAGAAAAGCUAUGUGCCUUGGUGAAUACACACAUCAUAAAAGGAAAAGGCUUUGACACGCUCACAGUUGCAUUUACAGCACACAUAUGCGCAAUGGUCUGUGUGUAGAUUACAUGCAAAAAUAUACUGGUGUCCACAGGCUCCGUGCACAGCAGUAUGUGGCCGAGACCCACCCACCUCCGGCCCAUGGGCAUGGGCACAGAGUGUAAAAUUGCCCAUUAGUGUGGAAGGUUAACAGACCCCUGCCUGUGAGAAGUUGAAGCAAAGAUUAAAAAAGGAUCCAGCAUAGUCCAGAACAAUUAUCAUGUGCUUUUGUUUUGGCUCAUGGUGCAGCGUCUCCAUGAGCCAAGCAGUCAUAACAAACUACCACCAUUACCUCAGACUGAAGUCGAAUUCUGAAUCGCAGUUUCUUAUACAUUUUCCAUGGAAAUGCAAAGAACAUUAGAUGUUGUAUACAUUCAAUCAUACCAGACGCUCCCUUUCUUUCUUUAAGUAUAUUGUGGGCAGGCACCCUGGUGCCUUUAUUUAUUCGUUUUCUCUGCGUCAGUGUUUUUGGCUCCAUUAUGAUUUUUCUGCAUUUCUGCCUUGUCAUAAGCAAGAUUUGGUUCAUGUUGUACUUUUGCCCUUUUAUACUUGAUUGUGUAAAGUAUAUUGGUGUUGAUUUGAUUGUCUACAUAUGUCGUACUGUUUUUGUGUUUUGAAGUAGACAACAAAGGCCAAUAUGUCACAGUCACACAGUAUUUCUAAACAAAUUUCGGAGAAUUAUCAUCACUGGAGACUAUUAUACUGCAAAAUGCUCUGGUCGACACAUAAAAUAUUCCAAUCAAAAAAACUAAAUGUCAUUGUUGGGAUCACACUGAAGAGCACACUAAUGGUCAAAUUGGUUAUUUUUCAACAAGCGAUGGUUUCAAAGUUGUAAAUCAGAUCUGUCUCCAGCUGUGGCAACUGUCUCCAACUUUAGUUCUCUUUGGUAAGGGACAUCUGUAUUUCGGUUUUGUGUUGAAUAUGGUACGUGUUUAUACAGAUGUUUUAGGAUUCUAAAGCAAUAUCUGUUGCUUUUUUUGCCAGAUGCACUCUGGAUAUUUUGCAUUGUCUUAAUUAUAGACUCUUUGAUGACCACUACAGUCAGUGGAUUCAAACUGUAUCUUCAGUGGUAAGAAUAGGAGAAUGAGAACUGUGUUGUGGCCUCUUUAAAAAGGUGUGUUAAUAACACAAACCCUGUACAAUGUAUCAGUCAUAGGUUAAUGCAUGACAAUCUGUACACGUGUAUGUCUGCAACCUCCAAUAUUGGUGUUUGUCACGGAAAUAGGGCUUAGUAUCAGUGUUUCUGUAGUUCAUCGCAGUUAGUCAUCAAUUACCUACUCAUAACCUCGGCAACACCUGCAUAAAUACACUUAAGCUUCAGUUAUUUGUGCACAUUGAUGUGAUGUUAAUAAUUUAUGGCUGGCACAGAGCUCUGAAAGUGUUUUUACCCUCAUUUGGUCUCACACACACACACACACACACACACACGAUUUAAUGUAUCUUAUAUAAUGUAUUUUAAUUGUAUCAGUUACACAAUCUCUGCUCUUGCAGUGAUUCUAAAUUAGAUCUGGGCGAUAUGGAGAAAAUGAAAUAUCACGAUAUUUUACAAAACACCUCGAUAUCGAUACUGUAGGGUUGAAUAUUGGCGCUGUCACAAAAUAUUUACACAAUGAGAUUUUUGACAAAUACUCAUCAGUAAUGUGGAUACUAUGACUAAGUGGGUAAAGGCAAAUAAUAG